UUCCUUAAUUAUCAGGAACAUUGGAAAAGAUAAUGCAUGGUAAAGAUAUUAUGUGAGUUGAACGAUCAUAAAUUAAGAUAAAUGACAAAUGUAUCAUCCAAAAAAUAUUCCUAGUUCAAGUUUAAUUGUAAGCAAUUCAUUAGUUCAUGGUGAGCACAUAGAUUGUGGUGGCAGCCCAAUGGAACCUGGCAAUGGAGGAAACAGUCUCGGCAACAACUCUAAUCUCUCUUCAAAACAACGUUUACGGUGGACACAUGAUUUACAUGAGCGCUUUGUUGAUGCUGUGUCACAACUUGGCGGGCCAGAUCGUGCCACUCCCAAAGGUGUCCUCAGAGUUAUGGGUGUACCAGGCUUAACUAUUUAUCAUGUCAAAAGCCAUUUACAGAAAUACCGACUAGCUAAAUACCUACCUGACUCCUCAUCCGAUGAGGGGAAAAAAGCCGACAAGAAAGAAACAGGGGAGAUGCUUUCCAAUCUAGACGGCUCAUCUGGGAUGCAGAUUACUGAAGCACUAAAGCUUCAAAUGGAGGUGCAGAAGCGACUACAUGAACAAUUGGAGGUGCAGAGACAGCUACAAUUACGGAUUGAAGCCCAGGGUAAGUAUUUGAAAAAGAUAAUUGAAGAGCAACAGAGGCUGAGUGGGGUCCUUUCAGAGGGACCUGGCCAAGAACCUGAUAAUAAGACUGACCCGGCAACCCCCGACCCAGAAAAAGCUGCCAAAGAGCGUGCCCCAGCAAAGAGUCUUUCAAUUGAAUCUUUUUCAUCUCACCAUGAACCAUUGACUCCAGAUUCUGCAUGCCCUGUUGGCUCCCCUGUUGACAGCCCUAAAAUGGAGAGAUCAACCAAGAAGCAACGAGUAAGCAUGGAGGGGGCAUAUUCUAAACCAGACAUGGUACUUCCACAUCAGAUACUGGAGUCAAGCAUGCCAUCAUACCAGCAACCAAACUCUCUUUUCCUUGCUCAAGAGCCAUAUGAUCCUUCUUUGGGUAUAUCUACCAGAAGUGGUGAGGAAUUGGAGAAGGUUGGUGGCAGUAAUCUGUGAUUUGGUGUAACAUGUUAGGUUGUGCCCUAGGUCUGAUUCUAUCAUCCUUCUAAGCUUAGUUUCUGUGUUAUAUGUAUUCCUUCAUAGAUGAAGGAACCUGUUCUUCAUAGAUUCCCAAGGUUCUUAGUUUUCAGUUCAAUACUUGAUUAAAUACCCAGCUUUUAAUUAAAUUUAGAGAACUAAUUUGAAUUGGGUUAAAAGAAAGCAUCUUGUCAUCUGCUCCAUAGACUACCCAUUCUUCAUGGUGAGUUGGUGACUCUGGGAGGCUGAUGGAGGUUUAUACAUAAUCUCUUGACUAGCCAAAGGAAUUCUUUAGAUGCUUAGUGUUACGGUUCUGUGCUGUGUGGUCAAGCGUUGGGGUAUAUUCUACCAGAUGAGAUACCAUACCACCCCACUCGUUUGUGCCAAUGUUGAAACCUAAAGAUAUGUUUAAGUUUGUAAUGUUUAGAAGUGUGCAUGGAAAUUCUCGCAGAUGAUAUUGUACUGUUUCAAUAAAAAAUAUUAAUAAUAAGAAUAUAUGGACUAUAUAAUGAAUAAAGAA